UAAAAAUCCGAUUUAUAAGCGAAAGAAGUCCAAACGACAUAAUUAGUGAGGAUAUUAACAUUGAAUGGUGAAUAAUCGAGAUUAGCGACGAUACGUUUCACGAAAAAAAAAUUGUCGAGUAUUUUGUUUAUGGACUUCAUCCUUAACGUCGUGUCGGUGAUCCUGCGAAAAAGUGAAGACCGCGAGUCGAUUUACGGGAAAGUGAUUGUGACUUUGUUAUAUACAAGUUUCGGGAAAAAUGUUCGCCGCCAAUGGAAAACAGUGUUCCUGCAAGCUCCUGUUCCAGUUCCAGCACAAGUUGAAACAGGUAGCGAGAGCUUGUUCGCUACAAGUAAAACCGAUUGCGACCGGCAUAGAAGAAAGACCCGACGAACAGUUCGAAGAGUCCGACAGUGAAUACACAUUCAGGUACGCCGACCUGACGACAAAACUGGCGGAGCCGCACCAGUUGCGCGCGAAACCCGACGUCUCGGACCUGAAAUUCGGACACAUCUUCAGCGACCACAUGCUCAAAAUCUUCUACCACAACAAGCUCGGCGGCUGGCAGAAACCCGUCAUCAUCCCCUUCGAGAACAUCAGCCUCCACCCCGCCGCCAAGGUACUCCACUACGCGACCGAAUUGUUCGAGGGGUUGAAGUCAUACAGGGGUGUAGACGGUAAAAUACGAUUGUUCCGGCCGGAUUUGAACAUGGCGCGGAUGAACAGGUCGGCGAUGAGUUCUGGGUUGCCUACCUUCGACGGCUCGGAGCUCACCAGGUGUAUCAACAGGCUGAUCCAGGUCGAUCAGGAAUGGGUACCUCACGGUACCGGCAAUAGCCUCUACGUCAGACCUACCCUGAUAGGAAUCGACGGCACCUUGGGGGUGCAAAAAUGCGACUCCGCCCUCCUCUACGUGAUCGUAUGCCCCGUCGGGUCGUAUUUCGACACCAAGAAUAAAGGCGCCGGGGCGGUUUCCCUUUACGCGGACCCAGCGUAUACGAGGGCCUGGCCCGGGGGUUGCGGCGAUAGGAAAAUGGGUUCCAAUUACGGCCCGACCAUAAGGGUGCAGGUCGAGGCCACUCAGCGGGGUAGACAACAGGUGUUGUGGUUGUACGGGCCCCAACACGAGCUCACCGAGGUGGGCACCAUGAACAUUUUCGUAUUUUACGAGAACGAAUUGGGGGAGAAGGUGCUGUGCACGCCGCCACUGAACGGGCUCAUAUUACCGGGCGUCAUACGGCAAAGCAUUAUACAGAUGUGCGAGCAGUGGCGCGAGUUCAGGGUCGAACAGAGGACUAUCACCAUGGCUGAGGUGGUCAGUUUAGUCGACAAAGGCAGGUUGCUCGAGAUGUUCGGUUCUGGUACAGCAUGCAUCGUGAGUCCCAUCGCGUCCAUCGAAUAUAUGGACCGACUUUUAGAAAUUCCCACGAUAGAACACAGUAAGCCCCUGUACAAGCGGGUGUUGGACGAACUCACAGCCAUCCAGUACGGCCAGAUAGACCACCCGUGGGCGCCUACUAUAGAUUGAUAUCGAACUCUCAUUGUCUUUUUGUUUUGUUCGCGAUUAUUUAUGAUAUUUAUACUGGGCAGUUUUCGGCCGACAUUGUACAUAGUUCUAGGCUUUAAGCGUUAUUUUUUAUUUUUUGUAGUAUUUAUUUUAUUAAAAAAUAACAACAUAUAGUUUUAAAACCUCUGGAAUCAUUAAAUAAAUGUU